UUACUAGCUGCAGUGCGGGAGUCUCGUGACGACCAGCUUAUUAGCUCUGCAAUAACAGCGGAGUUCUCUUCAGUAGCUGUUUACAACGAUGGACGUUCAAACCCAAAUUCUGCAGAACAUUCAUCAAGAGAUGAUCAACGGUUCGUUCAGUGACAUACAGGUGUUUUGUAAGGAUGGGGCAACAAACGGAAGUCGGCUCGUUCUGGCGGCGCUUUCACCUUACUUCCGGGCCAUGCUUACAUCAGACAUAGCAGAGAGUCGUACGGGCGCCGUGAAACUUCCAUCAGUGUCUCAGUCUGUGUUUCAGGACAUUCUCAAGAUGUAUUUCUGCAAAAUGAACCUUGUGGAUGAAGACAACUGCAUGCAGAUUUUAGAUGCUGCCGAGAUGAUGCAGCUUGAUCCCAUCAAAGAAAGCUGUAAAAUCUACCUGAACCAAAGUUUGGUAAUGACUACUGAAACAUGUCUAACUUGGUGGAGAACCUUGAGACUCUACCAUUUCCUUGAUUUGUCCCAACGUGCAUUCACUUGUUUGACUGAUAACUUAGCUGAUUUUGUCAAAACGGAACAUGUUAUUCACCUCUCAAAAGGAGAACUUCUGGAAAUCAUUUCAAAAGAUGACUUGAAAUGUAAAGAAGAUGACAUUCUGAAAGCCGCCAUGAAGUGGAUUGAACAUAAUAACCCAGAUGCAGAUGACGUUCAAGUAAUUUUUCAUAAUGUGCGACUUGAUAUUGUUGACCGACGAUUUCUGGUUAAUGAAGUUGUGUUUACAAAUAUUGUUAUUGAGAAUAACGUUGUUAGGAAAAUGAUACAACAAGUUAUAUGUUCUUCCCUGCCACAAAUUACAAGCACAACGAGGUUUUUGGCCAAAGGACCUCGUGUGUUCAUCAGUCACCAUAACGGCAGGUCACUUCUGUCUUGUUUCACGUCAGACGAGAAGUGGGAAGACGUCCCGCCAGCCCCAGUGAAUCCUGGAUGGGGUUAUUCAACAACGAGUUUGGAUAACAAGAUCUACGUCACUGGUGGUUUUAAACAACACAAAUGUACGCUAGUGUAUGACAUCAUUAGAAAAGUGUGGAACAGAGGUCCAGGUCUUAACUGUCGACACUGGUCUCACGGUUCAGCCACAGCUAGUUCUAAAGUGUAUGCAAUAAGCGGUGAGCUUACCUGUGCAAUAGAAGAGAAGACCGAGAGAGAGGAGAAGUGGAAGGUGGUUGGUAAUUUGGGACUGUGCAGAGAACAUGCUUUUUCUGUUACAGUUGGUGAGGACAUCCUCGUUAUGGGAGGAUACAUAACCGCUAGGUCGUCAGAUCUCAUCCAAUGCUUUAACACUAGAACCCGUACUGUCACCAAGCUGGAUACAAGGUUACCCUGUAGCACCGAUUCGCUAAGAGGGUCUGUUCACCUACCAGAUGUAUAUCUCGUAGACACUGAUGGCAACGUGAUGCACAUCCAAGUCACUGAUGUAAAUGGCAAAAUACACAUUGAGAAUAAACUCGUUGUAAAGAGGAAACCAUUUCAAUGUAAUUUUGGUAUCGUUCACAUACAUGGAAACCUUCUGUGUUUUACAGAAGACAGAAUCAGUAAAUUCAACUUGGCUGAAGGGACAGAGGAAGAGAGUACAUUUGCUAAACCACAGAGAAGUGGCAAGGUGCACAACGCCCUAUUAGUGUGAUGUUGCAAGUACUGCAGUACACCACAGAUAAGUGUUCAGGUGUACAACCCCCUAUUAUUGUCAUAGUUCAUGUACUGCAAUGCACAACAGAGAAGUGGUCAGGUGUACAACGUCCUAGUAUUGUCAUAGUGUAUGCAUUGUAGUACACCGCACAGAAGUGUUCAGGUGUACAACGUCAUAUUAUUGUCACAUUGCGUGUACUGCAGUACACCACAGAGAAAUGGUCAGUUGUACAACGACACAUUGUCAUGUUGCAUGCACUGCAGUACGCCACAGGGAUGGUGUCAGCUUUAUAGCGUCCUAUUAUUGUCAUAGUGCAUGCACUACAGUACACCACAGAGAGGUUGUCAGGUGUAUAGCGUCAUAGUAUUGUCAUACUGCAUGUACUGUAGUACACUACAGAGAAGUCGCCAGGUGUAGACCAUCCUAGUAUUGCCAUAUUGCAUGUACUGUAGUACACCACACACAAGUUGUCAGGUGUAGAACGUUCUAGUAUUGUCAUAUCGCAUGUACUGUAGUACACCACACAUAAGUUAACAUGUAUACAACAUCAUAUUAUCAUAUUGCAUGUACUGCAGUACACCACUGAGAAGUGGUCAGGCGAACAACGUCCUAUUAUUGUGAUACUGCAAGUACUGCAGUACACCACAUAUAAGGUGGCAAUUGUUCAGCGUCCUAUUAUUGUCACAUUGCAUGUAUUGUGGUACACCACAUAGAAGUUGUCAGGUGUACACCGUCCUAUUAUUGUCAUAUUGCAUGUACUGCAGUACACCACAUAUAAGUUGCCAUGUGUACAACGUCCUAUUAUUGUCAUAUUGCAUGUACUGCAGUACACCACAGGGUCUGUUCAUUAAAAUAGACCAUCCUGUGUUGUAAAAAACCGAAUGAAAUGUUUUAUUUAACAACGCACUCAGCACAUUGUAUUUACGGUUAUAUGACGCCAGAUAUAUAGUCAAGGACCACACGGAUAUUGUGAGAG